AUGAGUUCUAAACUUUAGUGCUUAAUUAUAGGAUUUUCAUUUGGAGUGUUAUCCACUACAUAUUAUUUAGGAAAUUAAAGCAAAGAGAAACUUGUACUUAAAGCAAAAGAGUUAAAACAAAAGGGAAUAGAAUAGAUUCAUGAUAUCAAAAGUGAUUUGAAUGAAAUAAAUGCUAAAGAGUUUUUGUAAGAGAAGAAGGAACAAAUUUUAGAAAAAGGUAAAGACAGUUAAGAAUUUGCUUAAAAAAAAUGGAAAGAUAUUGAAUAGAAGGCUAAAAAAACUAAAUAACAGAUGGGAAAGGAGAUUGAAAAAAUAAAAGAGAAAUUCAAAUAAGAUUGA